UUAUCCCAUAGGAAAACAGAGGCUACGUUUCUGUAAACCAAACCGCAUGUUUAGCAUAUUUGGGAACAAAGGCUACGUUUCUGGGCAACGCCGUGUAUAAGAUCCGCCCUCGCCCCACGCGAUUCAAAGCAUCAAGACAUGGACAGAGGGAAACACUUCGUUCUAGUUCAUGGCGCUGGCCAUGGAGCUUGGUGCUGGUACAAGCUUGUCCCACUGCUCAAAUUAUUGGGUCACCGCGUCACCGCUCUGGACUUAGGCUCUUCUGGGGUCAACCCCAAGCGCCUGGACGAGCUUGCUUCUGUAUACGAUUAUGUGCAACCACUGAUGGAGCUCGUGGCCUCCCUUCCUCAAGAUGAGAAGGUGGUUUUGGUGGGUCAUAGCUAUGGAGGCCUCCCUAUUUCUCUGGCUAUGGAGAGCUUCCCUGAGAAGAUCCUAGUUGCGGUCUUCGUAUCAGCUUAUAUGCCAAAUUAUAUAUCCCCACCUAUAACUCAAGCACAAGAAUUCUUCAUCAAUAGAAGCAAGCCUGAGUCGUUAUUGGAUUCCCAGCUUUCGUUUGGUCUAGGACUGGAAUGCCUUCCAACUGCAGUGACGUUUGGUCCAGAUUACUUAUCAGUGGCAUUUUAUCAACACUGCCAACCGGAGGAUCUGGAACUGGCCAAAAGUUUGGUAAGGCCUCAUGGGUUGUUCCUAGAAGACUUCGCCAAGGAAUCUUUACUAAGCAAAGAGAAAUUUGGAUCCGUAGAUCGGGUGUAUGUGGUGUUGGAAAAAGAUGAAGUAAUGAAGGAGGACUUCCAGCGAUGGGUGAUUGACGACAGCCCACCAAAAGAAGUGAAGUUCAUUGCCGGAGCUGACCAUAUGGUGAUGAUGUCGAGGCCCAAAGAACUUUGUCUCUGUUUCCAGGAGAUAGUUCAGCAGUAUAAUUGAAUUUGCAGUUCUCCUUCGAUAAACAAUUGCAAUAACAAGAGUACUAACCUACUAGAUCGUUUCAAUAUCCCAGUAGUUCAAAUAUUUUCGUGAAUUUUCUCAGAGCUGGGCUUGCUUUCCCAUGAUGAAUCUAAAUUGAUUUUCUCAUCAGUAAUUAGUAGAUGAUAGUCAGCAGACUCAGUGGUCAUCAUUUUCCCCUUUGUUAGAUAUUUUUCUAAUGUCCACAUGACACGUGUAUGGCUUUAGUAUUUUAUUAAAAUGGAGUUAUCUAAUCUAA